UCUGCAUUGAUGCAUAUCAACAGGAGGCAUGUGAUUGCGUGGAGGACCCUUACAAUUGCCGGCGCACUUGCGGCCUCUGUGAGCCUCAGGAGUACCCUUAGCAUGCAAUGGGAGAUUUGGCCUUGGCGGGUGACCCACAGAAUAAGAAAUCUGGAUAAAUCAUUUGUUGGCCUUGCAAGGCAUAAUUCAUUCGGUAGUCUCAAUGCAUGCACGCCAACGGAGGUGUAUGGCUACAAUAAGGCAUGAUGCUGCAGUUGGCUAGCUGUCUGACAUCAUGGCCAGACUUGCAAGGACAUAUUGAAUUGGAAUACACCUUUGCAAUAGAAAGUUAGAGAGUAGAAAGGCACGUCGGGGGAGAAACGCUGUGAUGAUUGGACAAUGACUCAUCUGGGUGUGGCUUCCCCAUGCUGGGAAGCUGGUAUUCGGGAAGCUGGGUCCUGUGUUGUGAUUUCAGGCCU